GAAUAUUAUAUCUAAAUCCUCUAUGUGUGUACUCCGCUGAAAUAUUUACUUGUAGCAUUUACAGUAAACUACUGAUUAGUGCAUUGAUCAGUUUUCAGAAAUGUAAUAUCUUAUUUAAAGUUUGUUGUACUAUAGAUUAAAUUUCUAAUCUUAUGUUAAAUAGAUUGAGUCGACACUGUGCACGAAUUUAAAAUUCGUGAUUUUGUGAAUUUACUCUGGUUUAAGAUAUACUUUAUUUAAACAUUUAUGAUAUAAACUAAUAUCUAGUUAUUGGUUUAUUGAAUAUAGUUUUAAAUGUAUAGUUUCAUCAUGGUAUAACGCUAUUGAAAUAUUUAUUUGCUCUCAAUACUAUUUUUCACUAUUAAACCUGCUACAAUGUCUUUUGAAACAAAGCGUCGGAACAUUUUACAGUUGAUGAGAGAUCGAGAAUUGAACGACCACAUAAAGACCAAAUAUGCAUUAAAAAAUAACUUGAAUAACAAAUGUAUUUCAAAACUUGGGUUGCUCACUAAUUUAAAUGGCCAUCAAGGGUGUGUUAAUUGUCUACAGUGGAAUGGCAGUGGAAGUACAUUGGCAUCCGCAUCCGACGACUUUCAAGUUAUAUUAUGGGAUCCAUUUGCACAUAAAAUUAAAACUAGUAUUAAAACAUUACAUCGUGGUAAUAUAUUUACUGUUAAGUUUUUACCUAAUUGCAAUGAUGAUGUAGUUGCAACUGGAGCAGCUGAUUGGAAUUCACAUACAUAUAAUUUAACUACAGGAAAAAGAUUAAGUAUUUGCACAUGUGCUGAAGGAAGAGUAAAAAGAAUAGCUGUAGCAAAUGAUACACCCAGUGUUUUCUGGAGUGCAUCGGAGGACGGCAUUAUUAGACAACAUGAUAUGCGAAUGAAUCAUGAAUGUAGUUCUGACCAUAAUAAAAUAGGUAUUUUGUCCAUUUAUAAUUAUGAAGGAGAACGUAUUGAAGCUAAAUGUUUGGACAUAAAUCAACUAAGAACUGAACAGCUUGCAGUUGGUGCUAAUGAUCCUUAUGUGAGAUUGUACGAUCGCAGAAUGGUUCCCUCAUUGUCCUUAAUUCCAAACCACAAGGCAUUUCCAGAAUUGUAUUCAGGUUUAGUAUUCAAUUCUAAUUCAGAUCUAAAUCGGUCAAAAAAAGCUAAACGAACCCUUGAUGAUGUUGUUCAAUACUUUGUACCUGGUCAUAUUCAUCCUGAUAGACCUGAAUUACCUCCUAAUAAAAACAAAAAUAUUGGAAUUACUUAUUUAACUUUUAGUCCUGAUGGACAAGAACUUUUAGUUAAUUAUGGUAGUGAAUACGUAUAUCUUUAUGAUUUAUCGAAACAAGUUCAAGAUGCAUUUUCCAACGUUCCAAAAGUGAUGAAAGUUUAUCGAGAAAAUGGAGAAGGAACUUCUAAAGACACAUUAUUCAAUCCAAUUCCGGCUACACAUACUAAGUUACCACUAAAAGUUGAAGAAUUGAAGUUAAAGGCAAAUCAGUACUUUGACAAACAAGAAUAUACGGCUGCUAUUAACUUUUACAAUUAUGCCAUACAUAUUUUUAAGUCAUCUAGUGUAUUGUUUUCGAAUAGAGCUGCAGCUUAUAUUAAAAGAAAAUGGCAAGGUGACUAUUAUGCAGCUCUUAAAGACUGUGUGACUGCAUUAAAAUUGGAUCCUGAUCACAUGAAAGCUCAUUUUCGUCUUAUAGUAUGUCUAUAUGAAUUAAGAAUGCUAGAUGAUUCUAAAAUGUAUCUCGAAGAAUUUAAAAAAAGAUUUCCGUCAUACAAUACCAGUGAAGCUUUCUUAACAAUUCACUCCAAUAUACAUCAUUCAAUACGUAGAAAAAAAGAAGCACUCAUUGAAGAAGAAAAAUUGAGAAAAAUUAUUAGUGAAGUAGUAAAAGAUCGAAACCUGGCACAAGAACCUCAAAAUACACUUGAGCCAUAUCUUCGUAAAAAAGCUAAUGAUUACCAUCAAAGAUAUUAUGGACAUUGCAAUACAUCAACUGAUAUCAAAGAAGCUAAUUUUUUUGGAAGCCAAAGUCAAUUCAUAGUUGCUGGUUCAGAUGAUGGUUUAUUUUUUGUAUGGGACAAAUAUACAGAAAAUAAUUUACUUGUAUUAAAAGGAGAUAGUUCAAUUGUAAAUUGUGUACAACCCCAUCCUUCAGAGUUCAUGUUAGCAACUAGCGGUAUUGAUAAUGAAGUAAAAUUAUGGACUCCAUUACCAGAAGAUUUGGAUAAUAAACAUGAAAUAAAACAAUAUAAUGCAACAGCUUUGUUAAACCAACGACGUAUGGUGGCUGAUCCAUUUGAAUUGUUUAUGAAUGGCAUGAGGAGGUCAGUUGAAGAAGAAAUGGAUGCGGACAAUAUGAAUGAAGCAAGAUCAAUGUUGGAACAGUUUUAUGGUUACCGCUUAAGUUAAAAAUGAAUACAAAAUAUACAAAAUCGAUUCCAGUUUUAAUUCAAUAUCUUUAACAUCUGGUAAAUGCAUACCUCCAAUCUGAAAUAAAAUAUAUUAUCUAUUAUCAUUAAUCAAUUAUAAUACUAGAGUGUGAAACAUUACAUUUUUUAAUAUUUAAAAUUGCCAAUUGUAUGUGGUGCUUCUUGUGUAAAAUGUUUAAACAUAUGAAGUAUGAAUAUUUAUUAAAACUUGUAUUUCGUAAAUGAUUAGGUACUAUUGUUAAAUUAUUUCAAGGUACAGAAUGUAACUAUUACUUUUUUAUUUUCAUUCAAAUUUUCUGUUAAUAAAACUCACUUAGGUGUUUUAUUUAUU